AUGAGUGCUCAGAAUGCACUUUCUGGUAUAGCUGGCAGCCUUAGGGGGCUCCGUGCUGCUGGCGGAAAGGCAGGUUUGCCGAGCCUUCGUCUGCCCUCAUUUGCAUCCGCUUGUGGAAGGGAAAGAUUCGGUUCUUUCUCCCGCAAAAGUGUGUGGCCCCAGAAACCUAUGGCAUCAGUUUGCUCUUCUGCGGCGUCUAUUCCUAGCCACUCUGAAUGUUCCGCAAGGAUACUGGCUUGUGGCAGUAUGCCUCAAAUGGGAAAUAAAAUCGGUAGCUUGUCUCCGCUCGGCAACUGCCGUUCGUCUGUUCCUGCUUUAACCCUGGCUUCUGCUCGAUUUCAUGCCGACUGUUCAAGGCGCGCAGUCGUUUCUCGUGGUACUGCUGUCCAAAAAGGAAGAAGCCAGGAGGGAUGCUUGCGAGGUCAUUCGUACGGAUUGUUCACCUCUGUGAACGGCGGGUGCCGGCGGUCUCCUACCGUGUCUGUGUCUGGGAUGCCUUUCUUGCCCAAUUCCAAGCAGGCGACUGCGUUCGUUUAUUAUCCUUCCGCGCUAACAAAGAAAGCAAUUCCUUCCCAAAUGCGUACAAUCCUCAGCCAAACGUCAUCUCCAAGGAAUCCGGGUCUUUUUACUCGAGGUAUUCUUGGAAGGAAACCAGCAUAUUUUUUCUUCUCCACUUCUGCAGGCUUGUCAGGAGCUUCAUCCUCUGCAGGGAGCUCCUCUCUUCCCCAUUCUUCGGGUGCUGCUACCUCCUCUCCCCCUAGAGCUUUAAGGGUGUCUGUCCCUCUGACCUCAUACCCGCGCAGCGGCGGCCGUCUUCUGUCUCCUUCCUUGUCGCUCCCAUUUUGUUCUUCCGCUCAACGCCCGUCGGAAUCGGCUUCCGAAUCGGGUACUCCUCGUCUCCGUAUGCCGCCUCGGGUCGAGCCGGACGCCGACGAGAGACGCGUGCAGGAGAAAGUUGCCGAGUCCAUCAAACGGGGAGGGAACGUUUUCCCGUGGAGAGCUGCGCUGCUUGCCUGCUGCGCAUGCAUAACCAUUGCGUGUGCCGUAGUCGUGCAAGGAGAGAGGAGACGGCGAGCUCAAGCAGUUCGAACGGAGAGCGAUACGGUUGGGAAACCCCUCUUAGGAGGACCAUGGACACUCGUCGACAUGCAUGGUCGAGUGCGCGGUAGCGAAGAGUUUGAGGGCGCGUACCAGCUUCUCUAUUUUGGGUUCACAUUCUGCCCGGACAUCUGUCCACAGGAACUUGAGAAGAUGGCACAGGUCAUUGAUAUCAUUGACAAGGAGUUCGGCGAAGUUGUCCAGCCACUCUUCAUCACUGUGGAUCCGCAGCGCGACACGGUCGCUCAGGUCAAGUCGUACUGUGAAGAAUUUCAUCCUCGACUCAUCGGAUUCACUGGCACGCCAGCGCAAAUAAAGGAUGUGACACGCAAAUUCCGUGUCUAUUACAACGAAGGCAUUAAAAGCUCGGACGCCGACUACCUCGUGGAUCACUCAAUUAUUCAGUAUUUCAUGGGGAAGAACGGCAAGUUCAAGGACUUCUUUGGAAAGAAUAUGACGGUAAAUGAAAUCGCGGAGCGCAUCGCUAAGCACAUCAAGCAGGACAAAGCAAGGCUGGAGAAAAAACGUGGUUGAAAACAUUGCUGUACAACACGGAGCUCAAUUUUGUGACGGGUUCCCGUGAGUGUUCAAGCAUUUUCACGAAUUCAGGUCCGCUGCAAGAAACCAGGCUCGCGAGCAUCGCUGAGAGAGUGAUUUUUUACAGAACGUUGAUGCGCUGUUUUCUGAUUCUUGUUGCUAGUUCCCAACAAGACGACAAUUCCAAUGUUGACAAGCAAUUCUCGAGUGCUUGAUAGGAUCAUCGAGUUCAGUUUCAAGUACUGAAGGCAUUCUACGCUGGCACAGACCGAUGCUGACCGCACUUUAAUACUUACAAAACGUUGCCUCGGUGAGAGCACUCGAUUUAGAGUUAAGCCAAG